AUGGCUAAUAUCACUCGUGAUGAUUGGCAAAUGAAAGUGGAAAAUGAUUUAGUAGAAGAUAAAGGUGACUACAAGAAAAACAUAAACAGGGAGGUAAGCAUAUUGCAGAAUUGCGAACACGUGAGCGUGGUGAAAUACUACGAGUCUUGGCGCGAACAUGGUAAAGCCGGUAGCGACCUUGCCGCAAUAUACAUCCAAAUGGAACACUGCCCGCUCGAUCUCUAUGAAUUUUGCGGAUCUAUCAAGAACAUCUAUAAGCGCAAUACAAACCAAGUUAUAUGUUUGGUAUCAUAUUUUGUUAUGCUCACCAUGGUCGAAGAAAUACUGGUGGCAUUGGACUAUUUGCACAGUAAGAAUAUAAUGCACCGUGAUAUAAAACAGUGGAAUAUAUUGCUGAAACGUGAUGGUGAUAAUUGGGUAAAGUUAUCUGAUUUUGGAUUGGCCAAGGUGGAAGAUGCCUAUUCACAAACCCAUACAAACGUAGGCACCGCCACUUAUAAAGCGCCCGAGGUGAAAUGGGGCGGUCAUUAUACCACGUCGGCAGACGUGCUUAGCCUGGGAAUUAUGUUGAUUCAAUUUUUUGACCUCGAUAUAAACAAGCAAAAUGUUCACCACGAGUUAAAGGAUUUGUUUGCGAGUAUGAUUGCUGGCAAAGCGACUGAACGUCCCACAUGCAAACAGGCACUGGCUAGUAUUAGUCAACCGCCCCUAAUCUAUGAUCUGGAUAAAACAAGUAACACCACCAUGAUCCGCGCUCACAGCAGCCACAUCAUAGACAAUAGGCUCUCUUUUAAUAGUGUCAAGCACAUCUGA